UGAGGGCAUUGGGGGCCGGAUAGGGCUUGAGGGACCGGACAGGGCUGAGGGCAUGAGGGACCAGGCAGGGCGUGAGGGGCCGGGCAGGGCUGAGGGCAUGAGGGAUCGGGCAGGGCUUGAGGGGCCGGCAGGGCUGAGGAUGUGAGGGAGCCGGGCAGGACCGGGCAGGGCUGAAGCCGUGAGGGGGCAGGGUUGAAGCCGUGAGGGGGCCGGGCUGAGGCUGUGAUGGGGCCGUGCAGGGUUGUGGCUGUGAGGGGGUGGUCGCGGCUCCUCCGCCUUUGUGGCGCUGCCCAGCCGCCCGUUUUGUCGCGCUGUGUCGCAGCGAGGUGGCAGAGCAGCUCACCCAGAGCAGCUCGCCCAGAGCAGUUCAUUCCGCUGCUCUUCGUACCCAGACAAGGCUCCGUCCCCUGGGCUCUGCCGCCGCCUCCCUCCCGAGAUCCGGCUGCUUUGGGGUCACUGCUGCCAGCUGGCAUCAGUCUUUAAUGAAUUAAGGGUUCUCUAAGAUUAGACACGAGGGUUUAUUUUUUUCUCCUGUAAGCUCGCGGUGUGUGGAGGCUGGCUGUGAGUGCGGAGGGCUGUGGGAAUUGCCGGUGAAAGAUUUCUUUAUUCUUCACCAAGGUUGGCUCCAGGAAUCAGCGGAAGGAGAACACAGUAUUAUUUUGGCUGAAGUGCUCAGCUUCAAGACUUCACUUUGUUCCUCACAGCUUGGAGGGAUAUGAAGCCAAUUGGAAAAGUGCUUUGUGCUACAGGGGUUGUAGCUGGGAUCAUAACUUUCUUCUGGAAAGACGACUUUAACCCAGAGAGCCUGUCUGGUGCCCGUGUUCUCGUGACUGGAGCCAGUGCUGGGAUUGGAGAGCAGAUAGCAUAUCACUAUGCCAGAUUUGGUGCUGAAAUGGUGCUGACUGCCAGAAGGGAAGCUGUGCUGCAGAAGGUGAUGGAGAAAUGCCUGACACUCGGAGCAAAGAAGGUGUUUUAUAUCCCUGCAGAUAUGUCUUCCCCUUCAGAGCCUGAGAAGGUGGUUCAGUUUGCUGUCCAAAAGCUGGGGGGCCUGGAUUACCUGGUGUUGAACCACAUCGGCACAAAUCGCUUCCAGGAGUGGACGGGGGAUGUGGAGUACACCCGCUGGCUCAUGCAGGUGAAUUUUUUGAGUUAUGUGGCUCUUGCAACAGCAGCUCUUCCCACCCUGGAGAAGAACAGAGGUGCCCUGGUGGUUGUUUCUUCCCUCACAGGGAGGAUGCCCACUCCCUUCACUACUUCUUACUCUGCCACCAAGUUUGCACUGGAUGGAUUCUUCAGCUCGCUGCGCCAUGAGCUCAUCAUGCAGAAGAGAGAUGUGUCUGUCACACUGUGCAUCCUGGGCCUCAUUGAUACUGAUUCAGCACUGGAGUACACCAGGGGCAAAGUGCACAUCAGUGCCUCCCCUGCUCCCGAGGCCGCGCUCGCCAUCGUCCGGGGCGGAGCCGCUCGGGCACACGAGAUUUUCUACCCGCGGUGGCUGCAGCAGCUCUGCCGCCUCUGGGCUCUGUUCCCCAGCAGCGGGAACCACGUGCUCCGGACUUUCUAUAACUACAGCAGUCCCUAAGGUGCCCGGUCUCAUCCUGGAUCCCUUCUGAUCACACUCCUGCCAUCCCACUGAGCAUCCCUCUCAACCACGGGUGUCUGGCAGGAGCAGGGCAGCAGUGGUGCCAAAGUCCCCUUUUCCUAACGUGACUCGUGGUCUCUCAUCCUGCUUCAGCCGUGGUUCUGCUGCUCCUGCCCCUCAGUCAGAGAUCCUUCCCACUGUUCACUCUGCCUCCCAUCUCCCCUCCUCCUCCAGCCUCACCUGUCUGCCUUGGCUGCACCCAGCCUGUUCUCAGCCCCUGUCUGUCUGCACAGGAGCUCCUGGAAUGUUUGUACAUUCCUGGGACAUCCUCCUCCACUACUUCACUCCACUUUUGGAUUCCAUGCAUCCCCUAAGUAGAAUUUUAAUCUCUAUUUUAAAUAAACAAGUUUUUAAUGUGUUGGUA